CUUCUUCGUGGGUGGAGGCUUCCGAUUGACGCGUAGUGCCACGUUGAUGGAGCCCAGUGGGGACGUGGAAAUUCAAGUGGAGAGCGAGCUCAGCAGGUACCGGUAGCUACGUGUAGCGGCCGUCCUCUCCUGUACUACGUGGGGGGGAGUUGUUUCAGCGUCAAAAGAAAUUCAAAAGUAGCGAAAACAGCUUCUUUUCAGUUCCCCCCCUCCCUAUUAAUUCAUUUUGUGCCUGCGCGUAUAUGUGACAAGGACCACGGAGAAAAGCAAAGUAACGCAAGAAUGAAACUGAAAGAGAUCAACCGUACCGCCAUCCAGACCUGGAGUCCGGCCCAGCAGCAUCCUAUCUACCUGGCAACAGGCACGUCAGCGCAGCAGCUGGAUGCUUCCUUCAGCACCAAUGCCUCCCUGGAGCUCUUUGAGCUCGACCUGUCCGACCCUUCUCUGGACAUGAAAUCAUGUGGCAGCUUCUCUUCGUCUCACAGGUAUCACAAGCUGGUCUGGGGUCCCUGCUCAGAGGACUCUCAGGGUCACCCAGCCGGCUUGGUCAUCGCCGGCGGCGAGAACGGCAACGUCAUCUUGUAUGACGCCGCCAAAAUCAUGGCCAGUGAUAGUGACCCGGUCGUAGCUGAGAGCGACCGGCACACGGGCCCGGUGAGAGGACUGGACGUCAAUCCCUUCCAGACCAACCUCUUUGCAUCUGGCGGAAAUGAGUCUGAAAUUUACAUCUGGGAUAUCAACAACUUUGAGUCCCCCAUGACGCCAGGACCCAAAACACAGCCAGUGGAGGACAUCGGGUGCGUCUCGUGGAACAGGCAGGUCCAACACAUCCUGGCCUCGGCCAGCCCGAGCGGUCGCGCCUCCGUGUGGGACCUCCGCAAGAACGACCUCAUUAUUAAAGUCAGCGACCACAGCAACAGAAUGCAUUGCUCCGGACUGGCUUGGAACCCAGAGGUGGCCACCCAGCUGGUCCUGUCCUCCGAGGACGACCGCAUGCCCGUCAUCCAGAUGUGGGAUUUACGAUUUGCUACCUCCCCGCUCAAGAUUCUGGAGAAUCACACAAGAGGCGUCCUCGCCAUUGCUUGGAGCACGGCCGAUCCUGAGCUGCUCCUCAGCUGCGGCAAAGACAGCAGAAUCCUGUGCUGGAACCCAAACACGGGCGAGGUGGUGUAUGAGCUACCAGCCGGUAGCCAGUGGUGCUUUGAUGUGCAGUGGUGCCCCAGGAACCCGGCGGUACUUUCAGCCGCUCACUUCGACGGACACAUUGACGUCUACUCCAUCAUGGGCGGCAGCAGCCAGGCGCAGAGCCAGAGGCACGCUGACCAGAUUAGUAACUCCUUUGGCAACAUGGACCCCUUUGGGACAGGACAAACACUACCACCACUGCAGCUACCUCAGACGGCCGCCCGCCCUGCUAGCAUCAACCCCCUGAAGAAGCCCCCCAAGUGGAUCCGCAGGCCUGUCGGGGCAUCGUUUGCAUUUGGCGGAAAGCUGGUAUCCCUGGAGAACGGCCCGGCAAACGGGCAGCAGCCCGGUGGCCCCCACCUGGUUCACAUCAGCCAGGUGGUGACAGAGACCACCUUCUUGACGCGCUCGGAGCAGCUCCAGGCUACGCUGAGUGCGGGCACCUUCCAGGAAUUCUGCCAGGAAAAGAUCCAAGGGGCCCAGGACCAGUUUGAAGAAACUGUUUGGUCUUUCCUCAAGGCCAACUUUGAACGUGACAUUCGCAAUAAAUUCUUGGAGCUUCUGGGCUACAACAAAGAGGAGCUUGCUGCCAAGAUAUCUGCGGCGCUUGAGGGCAAAUCUGCCGAAGCUCGGCCGGUGGACGCAGCUCCCGCCAGCGCUCAGCUGCCGCUUGACAAUCCAGAGGCAGCGUUCGACCUGAUCGCCAGCGCAAACAUAAACACGGACGCCACUCCGGAGAGCCUGGACAGCACCGUAGGAGAACUGGACCUGAGCGAAGCUCCUCAGGAGGAAGUCGAGGAGGAGGAGAUCUUGUUGGAAGAGGAGGUGCCGCUGGACGAGAAGGAGGAGGAGCCCGAGACUCCCGCCCAAGUCAAGGAUGUCUCCAAAGCUUCUGCAGAGGGAGUCGAUCUCAGCAUUAGUAAAGACAUGGAUGGUCUUAUCACACAGGCCCUGCUAAUGGGCAACUACGAGGCGGCCGUGGAGCUCUGUCUCCACGACGACCGCAUGGCCGACAGCAUCAUUCUCGCCAUUGCCGGUGGCGCCGACCUCCUGGAGAAGACGCAGACAAAGUAUUUCCGCAAGAUGCGUGGCAAAAUCACCAAGCUGAUCAGCGCCGUGGUGACAAAAGACUGGCGCGACGUGCUGACAACGUGCGACCUGCGUAACUGGAAGGAGGCGCUGGCGGCCGUCAUGACCUACGCCAAACCCGACGAGUUCUCGUCAUUGUGCGACCUCCUCGGCGUCCGUUUGGAGGCGUGUGGUGACGCCGAUCUGCGAGCUCAAGCCUGUCUGUGUUACAUCUGCGCCGGCAACGUGGACAAACUGGUGGCCUGCUGGAACGCGGCCGGCCAACGCAACUGCCCAUUAUCCCUGCAGGACCUGGUCGAGAAAGUGGUGGUCCUGCAGCGCGCCAUGGAGCAGACUCAGCGCUCGGGUCGUGACGCCGGCGCCCUGCUGGCGGAGGAGAUGGCUCGCUACGCCGGCCUUCUGGCUUCCCAGGGCAGCCUGUCCCAGGCCAUCGGCUACCUGCCCAACAGCAGCGGUCAGGCGGCAGUAGAGCAGCUCCGUGAACGCCUCAGUCGGGCUCUGGGUCAGCAGGCGGCGAGUCCAGUCCAGACCCCUAGAUCUCAGACUCAGCACGGCGGGCUUCAGCCCCGCCAUGCUUUCACCCCGGUCCAGCCUGCUCCCCUCACAGGAUCCGUACCGCUGCAGACACCCGCCUCCAUCCCGGCCCAGCAGCAGUAUUACCAGCCUGGGAGGUCUGCCUCCACUGUCACCUCGUGGAGUAACCAGACACCGACAGCCCUGCCCAACGUCUCGCUUCCGCCGCAAAUGGCUCCUCCCUCCGAGCAGCAGCAGGCCGAAGCGCCGAAUCCCGUCUACGGGAUGCCGCCUUCGGGCUCGGCCCCCGCGGCCUCCGCCGGCUCGACCUACAUGUACUCUCAGCAAUACCAGCCCCAACCCCAGGUCCAGCACUUCCCGCCUGGAGCCUUUCAGCCUCAUCACUACUCUGAGCCCCCUUACCCUCCUCAGCCACCCGGCUUCCUCGCCCAAUGCCUGCCCUCCUCUCCUCCUCCUCCUCCUUCUUCGCUUGCUCCUUUCUUUCCCAGCUGCUCCUCUUCCGGAGCGUCUUUCCAGCACGACGCGCCGGGCUUUCCUGGGUCGUACGUGCCGCCGCCGCCACCACCCGGCGGAGUCUCAGGUACAAAGUUUGAGCUCGAGCAGACCCUGGACCCCCAGGCAACAGGGCCCCAGAAUGGUUGGAAUGACCCUCCAGCUCUGAGCAGAACAUCCAAGAAGAAGGUCCCGGAGAACUACACCCCGCCCGCCCCUAUCACUUCUCCCAUCAUGGCUCCUUUGGGUUCAGACCCUAACGCCCACCCUGUGAACUCUGGAGCACCGCAGGCCUCGGUCCCGGGUCCUCAAGGGGGGUUCCAGCCGAUCCCCCCGCCGACCCUCAACCCAAGCAUACCCGCUGAGGGAGCGCCCGGGGGCCCCACGGGAGAUGCCAUACAGCCCUCGCAGUCCAUCCCGGCUGAGAAAAUCGCCAAGAAGCCCAUCCCGGAGGAGCACUUGGUCCUCAAGACCACCUUCGAGGCCCUGAUCCAGAAGUGCUUGGCUGUUGCUACCGACCCGCAAACUCGGAGGAAGCUCGAUGAUGCCAACAAGCGUCUGGAGGCGCUCUACGACAAACUGCGGGACCAGACGCUUUCUCCCGCCAUUGUGGGGGGUCUGCACAACAUGGCACGCAGCAUGGAGGCGCGGGCCUACACCGAGGGCCUGGGCAUCCACACGCACAUCGUUAGCAGCAGCAACUUCAGCGAGACGUCGGCUUUCAUGCCCGUCCUCAAAGUGGUGCUGACGCAGGCUAACAAGCUGGGCGUGUGAGCCCGUGCGGUACCACGUGCUGCCAAUCAAGGGCUAUUUUAUUUUUUUUAAUUUCCACUACCAAUCAUGCUGAUUGCUUUUAGAUUGACUUUAUAUGAAGUGAUACAAUCCAAAUGGAUCAUGUUCAAUGCCAACAGGAAGAAAAAGGGAACAGUCAGAGCAUCUCAAUGAGCAGAACUAGACUGAUGAAUUGAUCGUUCAUGUUUUUAAAAGCUUUCUUAUCUCAGCGUUAUUGUUUUUAAGAAAUCUGAGUUGUUAAGUGCACCCAUUUAGGUUUUUAUUCUCCUCCUCCUUUACACUCCCCCUACUUGGACCAAGUUUUAAUCCAACCCCAAUAUACUCUGCAUCCCAAACUGUAUUAUUCUCUGCGCUUUAUUUACAAGGUGACUGUGUCACCGGACACUAUUCGCAAAAUCGAAUAAACAAAAGGACAAAGUGAUGAGGAUGGCACAUUUACUGUAAAUAAGACAAAUCACAUAAACAUUAAGGUCGAGGCCUUUAAAAACGUGUUUCCGUAUACUUGACGUCUUUGUUUUCGGAGCCUCCGUUAAGCUCUCCCUGUCACUUCCAGCUGUCCGAAGGACGUGAUGACGUGAUAGUGAGCGGCUUCCUCUUCCGUCAGUUCCGUGUUCCCCGGCCGCACCACCACCACCGUGUUGACGCCGGCGUCCUCCGCCGCUUUGGCCUCUGCAAUCACACGGUGGGGGUUAGACUAACUCGUUUUCUAUAACUUGAAGAAAAAAAUAAAUAAUAAUAAUCAACCCAACGCCUAACCUCAUUCAAACACGGUGCUUUAUUUUGUUUGUCGCAUGUUUUUACCGAAACACACCGCAUAUCUGUAGAGCGGACAUGACGUCUGUAAGGCUAGUUAUUUAUGGUGGGAAAUUCAAGUUCUGGGGCAAGAAAGUUCUGGAUGCAUAUUUCCUGAAUAAAUACAGUACCUGCUCUUUUAAAUGCUGUGUCCAAAUUGGUGCCACUUAAAUAAAUGCCUCGCCUCAAAAAGCUUUCAAGAGAAA